CUUAUGCUGCUUUUUUUGAUAAUUUAAAAAUAGUUUUAUUUACAUUUAUUGUGCAUCUUUUAACUAUACACGUAGCCCUUUAGUCUUCAUUAUGACGGGCCAUGUAUCUAUAAAGUUGGCAUCCGAAAGAGUAAAUCAUUCGGUUGCAUCUACUAAUGAGCUUCCUCGAUUUUUUACUCCCGGGGAGGUUAUAAGUGGCAUGCAAGAUUUUAUGCGUGGACAUGGAACUCAUACAGAAGGGGAUGUUUUGAAGUCCUCAGUGGCUGGUGUGAUGCAAAAAGUAAACAAGUUAGUGUGCAUUCGGCCCAUACGAAGUCGCUACGUCGGAGAGAUUGGGGAUGUGGUGGUUGGGCGAGUCACAGAGGUCCAACAGAAAAGGUGGAAAGUUGAAACUAAUUCCAGACUGGAUUCUGUACUUCAGCUCUCUUCUGUAAAUUUACCUGGUGGUGAACUGAGGCGGAGAUCAGCAGAAGAUGAGCAAAUGAUGAGGAAGCAUUUACAAGAAGGAGACCUGAUCAGUGCAGAAGUUAAAAGCUUGUUCUCUGAUGGCUCAUUGUCACUGCACACUAGAAGCAUGAAGUAUGGCAAGCUUGGGCAGGGGACAUUAGUGAAUGUUUACCCGUCACUUAUCAAGAGGAGAAAGAAUCACUUCCACCAGCUUCCAUUUGGCAUUUCCCUCAUCAUCGGAAACAACGGCUACAUUUGGAUCAGCUCCCAGAAACAUGAUGACAACAGUGAGGACAAAGCUGAAAGACCUGAGACACAAGAGCUGGAGCCCAUCAGCCGCUCAGACCGGGAGGCGAUGGCCCGCGUCAAGAACUGCAUCGCGGCGCUGGUCGCGUCCAAGAUGAUGAUCGACGACACCAGCAUCAUGUUCGCGUACGAGGAGAGCCUCAAGUACGACAGUGUGAAGAAGCUGCUCGACCCAGAGGCCAUGCUGGAUGUGGCCUUCCUCACGCAACACCGGAUCAAUGACAUUGUCAAUCAACAAUGAUACUGUGACAUACCGUGAUGUUAACUACAGGUACAAAGUUUGCUUGUUAAUUCCAAGUUGCAUGAAGAGACUCGUGUCAAUGUUAAAUCUAUUUCUGCACAUAGCUUUUUGUCCAGUUACUGUUGAAGAGAGAUAGGAAAAGGAAUACAUUUAAGAUUGACCUAUGUGUGGGUUCCUUUGUGCAGCUUACCUUUAGUCUGCUACUUUAAGAGAAAUGGGAGUUGUAACAGGUGAGACGAAAUAAAUUACGUUUUAUAU